AUGAAAGUGCCUUUUCCAGGUUGUCGCGGAGUUUUGCCUCCCGAUCCGCGUCUCGGGUGCGAGGGCCGUGAGAAGUGGCGCCGGUUCCGAGAACGAGACCGCGCUAGGGCGUUCGGAACGGGGACAGGCAGUGCUGGCAUCCGUCGCCAACACCGCUGUUUCUCUUUCAGAGGAUACGACGGGAAAGCUGAUCUUCAUGUGGGAAUAACCAACAGUAACGGCGUGGUGUAUAAUUAUGAUGAAGAGGGCAUUCACAGAGCUGAAACUGGGUGGGAACAGUGCAUUAGUAUCCCACUCGUACAGCCAGACAUGUUUGGGCUUCUUCAGCAGUGGGAUGAGCUCCUAGAGGAAUUUUCUGUGGGAGAGGCCUGGCUUCCUCACAGGUAUGAAGAAAAUGACCACAACUGCUACACAUAUGCACUGGCAUUCAUUAACAGUAUACUGACCACACAAGGAAAACGGCAAAUGAGUAAAAGUGAAUUUACAGAGAAAUUUGUGAUCCCACAAACAAAGAAAGCUUCCAAAUACAUUACUCUGCAUCAGGAGCUAACAGCUAACGAUUUCUACAUUGUACCCCUUCUUCCUGAUCAAGAGAAACAGUGUUGA